GAAAAAGUCCACACCAUUUCCAGUUUCCGAGACCAAGCAGUCUUGUUGGAGAUCGAAGGAUGGAUUCAACUGACUCUUCCGGUUAUUAUCAACCACUGGUGGAGCCGGUACCGAUGGAAGGUUUCUUCAACAAUAUCAUGGCGCAGCAAUUCUCCUUUGUAGAUGAGGCUACAUACCACAUGGACAAUUUUCGUGAGGACUACUCGUGCUCUGGAUUGGUGAACGGUGACCUUGAAACUGUUGACCCGGGUUUUCCUGACAAUCUGGCCCCCAAGCUAGGUGAUGCGUUGCGAAGAGACGGUAUCCCAGACUUGGCCCCUUAUCCUCCCGUAACAGAAAGUCUAUCCGUUGCUUCCUCAUCAAAUACCUCCAGCUUGCAGCAUAGUGCUACAGGAAUGGCGCCAGCUGAUUGUGACGAGCCCAACUCUACACCCAAACAGGCUGCUGAGAACCAUCAGCCCGCGUCGCCAGACGCCCCCCUCUCCGUUAGCGAAAGCGCAGCUAUCGCGCCAUCCAAUAACACGAAUGGUACCGCGCGCGACCUAGAGAAAAGCCAAUAUGAUCCAACUGAUUCUGUGAAUCUGGACUUCUUUCAACCGAAAGCUCCCGCUGAGACUUGUGAGCGCGAGACAUGCCAGGAACCUGAUUUCCGCUCUUGCCCCAUCAAUACUGGGGGGUUUUCUGAUUUUGGAACAAAGGGGGAUUAUUCCCAUCAUCUGCCUUCUUAUCCCUCUCCAGUUCGGAGCACUCCCUUCUCGACUAACACAGCUGGCAGUGAGGGUGCUGUUCCUGCUGCUGAUCACCAACCAGAAACGAUGAAGCGUGAAGCUCCUCUUGUCCCCACAUCCCCAACAUCCCCCGUCAGCCAGGGCGGACCAGAUCCUGAGCUCCAAUUCUCGUGUGCCGAAGAGGCGAACGCGUGGCGCGCCUUUGAAGUGCAAGUGGACUACGACCCUACGAUUCCAAGAACCCCGGAGGCGAAACGUAAGAUUGUCACCGAGAUGCUCAAAGCGAUGAAGAGUGUUGAGUAUGCGCAAGACAAUGAGGGCAUGAUCCGUCCAUUUCGCGAACAGAAGCAAAGCCCGAUCAGGAUGGAGAUUGUCUGCUGGAAUAUCCUGGAUUCCUGCAUUAGUCGCCAUGAGCAUGGGCCACUGCUUGCCAUUUAUGACGGAAAGGCAAAGACUACCGGCCAAAUCCCGACCUUCGGAGAGCGAAUGGAGAAGAUCAUUGAGUGUCUUUGGACCCAGAAAACCAUUUGCAAGCAUUUAUUAGACGCGUAUUACUUAUUUACUUUCGUUGACGACCCUGUCUGCGCCAGAAAUCGUGUCGUGGCGAAUAAAAAUCUCAACAAGCGCAAAGGAGAGGUUAUGAACGCUGGAAAGAAGGCCCUGGGCCACUCCAGAUCUAACUCCAAAUCAACCCCUGCCAAGCGCACAUCUGAGGCCCGUGAAGGCCUUUGUACUCCCUUCAGUACUCCGCGUAAGGAGACCCCAGCUAUGGAUAACAGCACCCCUACCACCAUCAAUAACACUGUGCGAAACAUGACCCUGGACAGUAGCCCUCCUGUUCACUCACAUGGGACACAGCAAAUGCGAUUUUCUAGCCCUGCGAAGCAUUCCACUCAGGAGAAUAUGGCGCACCCCAUGCACCAUGGUAUGUUUCCAAUGGCUACGCAUCCUCAAUUGAUAAAUACCCCGGCUACUGGCCGAGCUUUCGGGCCCAACUCUAUGGCUGCCAGUGGAUUCGCAGGACACUGUCAACCAGUCUUUGGCUUCGGGCGCAACCAAUCGCCCAAUGCCAUCCACGGCCUUGGGCAGAACCUGUCUAUGUACAACAGGGGCCCUUAUAACCGCGAAGAGAUGACAGAGCAGUUCAGGCAGUGCGUCCCAGCUCAAUUCCACCCUGCCAUGUACUGUUCUCCUGCAGCGCUAAACCCCAACUAUCGGGCGAUGGGACCUGCUCCACAUGCUUGCGCAAACUACCAACGUCCCACACCCUCCUCGCCUGCCCGUCAACAGUCACGCAAUGCCCCAUCUGCUGAAGCAUCCUAUGGACAUAGUCGCAAGCGCUCCCAGGAUGAAAGUGAUGCUACGGCUUAUGCCCUUUCUCCUCAAAAGAAGGCUCGGUGAUUGCGAACCUUGAAACCCACGCAAAAGAUGCGACUGCGUGCCAUGGAAUUUCUUUAGGUUUCUUUCUUCUUUUUAAAAGCCCCCAAGCCAAUGGCCCAUGAUAUCCCAGGAUAAAGCUGUGUUGUUGUUUGUUGAUGCAACAAACAUGCCCAACAGCGCUCUUUUUCAAAACCAUACCCCCUGCGGCCAAAUUGAUCGGAGCUCGCAUAUGUUUUAUUUUAUGCCAGUGGUUUUCCAGUUUUCUCUUUCUGCCGCUCUUUUCAUAAGAGUUCUGUCAUAGAUUCUAUUUAGUAUAGAGCCCACCUCACCUCAUGUUGGAAUUUUCACACACCCAAUCCAACAUCGUGUAUUUCUGAACCUCAGUUUCAGGAAGCUAACUACGGGACAUGACAACUUCUUUUCGUUUUUUUUUUCGCUCAACUGACUUCUUCCUCGUUUCCGUCCUUCUCUUUUUGUUCUCUGCCAUGGUCACUUUACCACUAUUGGGAAGGAUUCAAUAUCAUCCAUCGCCUUGGACGUCAUCGGGCAUAAUACUGGAUUUGAGAAUAAUGCCCCCUUAAUAGCCAGGCCUUGCUUCUAGAAACUGACCCAGAUUUAUGUGCUUUGCCAUGCUCCUGAAACGCGUGCCACCGUGUUUUGACUAACUAGCGUUGUUGUUAACUCCUGCAAACCGUCACCACCCUAAUUGUUUUCUCUCCCAACUUCCCUUCGCGCCUAGUUUACAGUUCUUGGGCGUGCUCUUUGGGCAUGUUCUCAACGAUAGUUCUCCUUACGGGUUUAAGCUAGUAUUUACCUUCCGCUCUCGGCAACGUUGUCGUUUGUUAAGAAUUUGGGCUUUUAAUUUUAGUUUUUUGUUCCAUUUCGAGGGGAUAGUUAUAUGCUAUGGUGAGGAUGGCUAAAUUGUUACAUUCUAUCCACACUUGUAAUGGCAGAUUGUAAUUAUGAAGUGCGGGAAAGAAAUAUACAGUCAAAAAAAGAAAAAGAAAAAGAAAACUUCUCUGGUUUUGCUAGCCUUUGAAUAUAUAGUACCUCAGCAGAAGAUUUAGUUGAUCCUGGAUAAAGCGCGGUGGUGUGUACCAGCAUGUCCUCCCGGAGGACGAUAGGUAACGCUCUUCUAUGUAGAGAAGGACCUACGUACGGUAUUACUACAGCUGUCAUGAGAAUUCGC